AUGAGCAAGCCAAAGACAGCAGUUCCAAGUCUCUCUCCAAGUAAGGAGAUUAUGGAAUUGAAAUCACUAAAGCGCCAGCGAACUGUUGCGAAAAAUAGUAUAGUGCGCAUAAAAACGGGUCUCCUCGAUAAAACAAUGUCGUUAGAUCCAAUUGAAUUGGAGUGUCGACUGGACAUUUUGAACUCUUAUAGCGAUAAGCUUAUGAAGUGCCAGUCGAAAAUUGAAGAAAUCGACGAGGAAGACAUAGCCCGUGGGGAGUUAGAGGACCUAAUAGUGGAAACUAAGUCCGUUAUAAAAUCUAUUCUGGCGAGAAAUAAAUCGUCAAUAGCCGAAACAUCCUUUGUUGCACCUCACAGCUCGCGACUACCGAAAAUGUUGCUACCGAAAUUUAAAGGGGAAUAUUCAGAAUUUAAAAAUUUUAUGAGUCUGUUCGAGAGUUUGGUGCACAACGAUCCUACAAUCCCAGACAUUGAGAAAUUUAAUCACUUGGUUAACUGUCUGUCUGGUGAAGCUUUGGGAACGCCAUCUGCGCUUUCAUUGCGCACAAUGAUUGAUACAGUGUCGGCUGUUUACGACUCGUUGCUGUCGUUAGGUGACGAGAAAAACAUCACAAACGCUAUCAUAAUUCAUCUGGUAAUGUCAAAAGUCGACACCGUUACUCGGUCAAAGUGGGAGGAACAGUUGGAUUAUGAUAAGCUGCCAUUAUGGCGUGAGUGUGAGGCAGCAUUAAAUAAACGCUACCAACAUUUAUCUGCCGAUGAAGCCUCAACGUCGAGGCUCAAGCCGUCAAGCAGUCACAGCAUUCAGAAACCCCACCUUCAUGCGGGAAGGACGAAAGCUGCCUUAGUGACUUCAAAUAUAAAACAGCCGGUGUGUCCGCACUGUAAAUCAAAUGAUCAUAGUAUACCCGCGUGUCCUACUUUUAAAACUCUCUCUGCUCAGCAGCGAUUUGAGUUUGCUAAAUCAGUCCCCUUAUGCAUAAAUUGUUUGCGAAAGGGGCACUCAGUUUCAAAGUGCAAAGCGGAUCGGUGUCGUGUUUGCAACCGUUCGCAUCACACGUUGCUGCACCAGUACCCUGUAUCCUUUGCAACUGCACCACAACUUUCGACCUCGCAUGCCAUGCACACGACGAGUACGCCAGAUCGGGUUAUGUUGGCUACAGCCGUAGUCAACGUAAAAGGUAGCUCCGGAGAGUACCUUGCUGCACGAGCCUUGCUGGAUUCUGGAUCUCAGGUGAAUUUCAUGACAGAGGAUUUGGCGCAGAAAUUACGAAUUCGUCGCGAAAGUACGACCUUAAAUAUUAUCGGCAUCGGAAAUGCAACCAAAAAAGUAAGGACGAAAUUAAAUACGUUUGUAAAAUCGCGGGUCAAUAAUUAUGAGUUUUCGGCACAGUUUUGGAUAAUGCGAUCCAUUUCAGCCAGCCAUCCAGAUCGUAACGUAAAUAUUAAUGGCUGGAAAAUUCCUAAAAACAUUAGCUUAGCGGACCCAGAAUUUUAUAAGGCUCAAAAGGUAGAUCUUUUGUUAGGUGCUGAAACAUUUUUCGAGCUUUUAGCUGUAGGCCAGAUCAAGGCCAGCUCCAAUCACCCAACAUUGCAAAAGACACUUUUAGGCUGGGUUGUGUCUGGCAAAUACGCCUCCAACCAACGUCCUCCUCCCACAGUCAGUAGCACAUUAUGCCAUACUGAACAAGAUCUAGCAAAUAUAGAUUCCAUUGUCCAAAGGUUCUGGGCGAUGGAAGAAAUACCUUCAGGGGCUAGUUCGACAAAAUUCACACCUGAGCAAAUAGAGUGUGAAAAAUUUUUCGUAAAAACCACUAAAGUUUUGCCUUCAGGAAGGCUUCAAGUAAGACUGCCUUUCAAAGAUGACCGUAAGUUACUCGGUAAUUCCUAUGAAACCGCGUCUCGGCGGUUUCAGGCCCUGGAGAGAAAGACCUUGAAAGAUCCAGAACUUCGUCAAAUGUAUCUGGACUUCAUGAAUGAAUACAUCGAAUUGGGUAACAUGAGCCCAACAAAUAAUAAGAUCCCGAGUGAGCCACACUACUUCAUUCCGCAUCAAUGCGUUCUUCGGCCUGAAAGUACGACGACUAAAUUACGUGUUGUUUUCGACGCAUCAAGUCGUACCUCUUCUCAAAUUGCGUUGAAUGAAAUCUUGAUGGUUGGGCCGACCAUUCAAGAAGAGCUGUUCAUUGGACGCCGAGGAAUGCCGCGGAAAAUAUACAGCGACAACGCCACCAACUUCGUCGGCGCCGAUCGCAAGCUUCGCGAGCUGAGGGAUGCUUUCGAGGCCCAACAACCGGAAGUACAGAAAUACGCAAUGGACGAAGGAUUCACCUUCGCCUUUAUACCACCCAGGGCACCGCACUUCGGCGGGUUAUGGGAGGCGGCAGUGAAGUCCGCCAAACACCUUCUCGUGCGCGCAAUCGGCAACGCGCUGCUCACCGCCGAAGAACUACAGACGCUGCUCGUCGAGGUCGAGGCCGUACUCAACUCGCGACCCCUGGUACCACUGAGUCAGGACCCGAACGAUGGAGAGGCCCUAACACCAGCGCACCUAUUAGUUGGGUGCCCCCUUCGAGCGCUGCCACCAGCCCAAGUAUCGAUGGACCCAAUGCGUUGCUGCGACAGAUGGCAACUUGUCUGUUGUCUCAAGCAACAGUUUUGGCGACUGUGGUCCAGGAACUACCUGUUGGGUCUUCAACAGAGGAACAAGUGGUUGCAUCCGAAACGCAACCUCGAGCUGAACGACCUCGUCCUGGUUCAGGAAGACAACACACCACCGCAGCAAUGGGUGCUCGGCCGCGUCGCCGCAAUCGUAACAGGGCAAGACGGCAAAGUCCGCGUAGCAGACGUGGCAACCAAAGCGGGCGUAAUUAAACGCCCCGUUCACAAGCUCGCCGUACUGCCAUCAGACGUUGAAGGACCAUGA